UGCAAUACAAUGUCCGAAAGGAGAACUCAACUCCGUUACUCCUUUUUACAUAGCCUACAUUAAUUUAAAUGUGGAUACAUUAUUAAACUCUACCAACAGUGGCUGAAGAGAAACGAGUAUCUUAUCUACGAAGCUAUGACAUCACAGACAUCGCAUUCCAAUUUGGGCGUUUGGGACUUCGUGAAACCAUGCUGAGUUGCAAGAGAGGUUUGGCUGUUGCGGCGCAGUUUGAGGUGGUCGAGAGAAGGGCAAAGAAGGUGGUCUUUCGUGCUUCGCCAGAAAGUUAACUUUGUGAAGUCUUCCAUCUCAUCUUCACUCCAGUGGACUGUCUUCUCUCGUGUGAAAAGAAAGAAAGCAACAGGGACUGAUGGUCAGCACAGUGAUCCAGGACAACUAUGUCAGCCUGGGUUUCAAAAGCUUCCCCUCCCACCCCUAUCCCCCGUCCCAUGGCACUUCUCUUCCGACUCUCUUCCACCACCUCCCUCCCCCGCGGAGCCUACCUGAGGAGGGUGAACAGCGUUUUCUUCGCUCAGUUCAUCAAGAGGUACCCCCCCUCUUCCCUGACCUCUCCUUGCCCCAUGAGACCCCCGCUAAACCCCUCAGACACCCUACUGCCGGAGAACACCCCAAACCCUCUGACCAGCCGCCUCCGGUGUCAUUACCAAGAUUGGCCAGUCUUCAUCGGAGAGGAUUAAAGCACACUCCAGUUUCCUCGUCUCCCAACACAAAGCACCCUACAGCCCUUGUAAAGGGACACUUUCACCUUGGCUAUGGAGGAAGCACUUUAACUGAGCAUGUAGUUAUACCGCAACGCUAUGAAAUGACCACCUUGAGAAAGAGCCUCCUCCGAGGCAGUGAUGAGCUGGUUCCAAGACCAACACAAAUCAACAUUAGUGAGAAGCAGAUACUGGUUCCAGUUCCAAGGGAACAUCCUUACCAGUCCCAUAUCUCCCGCUUUGCCAUGUUUCCAACUUUCCGAUCUCCAGACGAUCCUGAUUCUGGGGUAACGGCGGCCACCAAGAGACCCCUGAACCUUCUCAUACCAGCCUGCGCUUCUGACAUGCGUGUCCUGACUAAGACCAAAGGAGCUGAUCUCCGACAUGAGCUGCUGGAGGUUUCCAAGGUAACUCAAAGGAAGGCCCUGCUGUGGCCAGGACAACAUGGCUUCUACCAGUUUCCAAAAUCAGUAUGCAGCAACAGGCAAGUUUUUUAUCCAUCACUUCCUAAGACUUUGUGCCCAAAUGCAACUCUAAGAAACUUGGACUCCACACUGUCGGAGCAAACCGCUAACAUGCUACGCAACCUGGAAAGGUCACACAGGCUCACUUGCUAUCAACUCCAAUACUCAGGAUGUGGUCCUGCCAACCCUCUGCAGUUAGAUGACUUGCAUGAGAAAACCUUUGGAGAUCAAACACCAUACACAAUCCAGCUUAGGGUGGGAUCCCAUCCUACCCUGGUCCCAGCGCGCCCCCAAAAUGGACGUCAGGCUCGUAUCCAGCAGGGCCGACGGUGCCUGAUGAACACCCAUGUUGCCAGCCCUUGCCACCUUGUCAACAACCCCAAUAACCAACCUGGCAGCACAUCAGACAUUGUCCUUAAACACAGACAUUGUAGUCAUGACAAUCGUGACUCUGCUUACCAGCACAACAGCCACAGUGUCCAUGAUAACAGCAUUCAUGGUUAUCACACUGAUGAAUAUGGCUGGGGAUUAAACAGUUCAGUUAAACUUCACAGAGCCCAGAACUUUCCAGAAAUAUCUGGUUCGGGUCACUGCUGUGAAGAGCAGAAACUAGGUUGCAUCGACCCAGUUGACCAUCACGAAGAGUUAUGCUGUGACGUGUGUGGUUUUGCAGAAAGCUUCUGUAACUGUAUGUCACAAAGAUCAAACACUGAAGACCUUGACCCACAGAGCCAGACCCCCUACAGGCACAACCUACUACCCAGGACAGGCUCACUAAAUCUGGGACAUGAAGACCCGCCAGGGUGCCUGAAGGGUGUUGAUGGAGAGUGUGCCAGAGUCGGCUCUGUGGGGCCAAACAGAGAGAGAUCCAUUUCAAGGGCCUUUUCCUGCAUCCGGGCUACCUUGGGAGGGUCCCGGGGUGUGUGUGGGGGAGGGGGGCUAUUCCGGUCCAAGUCAGUUCUGAUGAGCCUCCAGGACUCGUUCUCCAGGACCGACAGCCACAGGCGCUUCCACCUGACUAUAAAGGGUGCAGUCCCAGAUCUCCGUGACAACCACCAUACUGUCAAACAAUACUCUGCCUACUUUCGCAACUGAAGGGUGUGUCUGUAUUUACAAUGUAUGCACACACCCACAUACAUUUCUGUUUUUGUCUUUCCCAGUAGAAUAAACACAAGCCUACAGCACCACACAGAUUUACAGUGCAUUUCUUCUUUUGUUAUUUUAGUAUUUACAUACAUUUCUAAUUAAAAGCAAGUUAUACAGUGUCAGGGGCACAGGGAGAAAAAUCUUCUGACAGCACUUUCAUCCAAUUGCGAUGGGUCUUCGUGUGACGUGUGCACUAAUAUGCCAUUGUUGAACACUCCCUUAACGCGAUCUAAACAAUUGUAGAUUCGACUUUGAAAAGUUCGUAGAAGUCUACCGUGUGGAUGGUAUGCGUUACAGUAUGAGGAACGUUCAUCAUCUAGGAUUUAAGAUACUUCACAGGUACUACCGGGACGGCUAUUUAAAAUGUUGAGAAAUAGUGAACCGCUAAA